AUGGGGACUGAAAUUGAGUCAAAAGAUAGCUCUCUCAUUCUCAUCAAGCAAGGAGCUGAAGCUAGAGUUUUUGAGUCUUCUUUUGUUGGAAGAAGGUCUGUUGUCAAGGAGCGAUUCUCAAAGAAGUACAGGCAUCCAACUUUGGAUUCUAAGUUAACACUCAAGCGCUUAAAUGCGGAGGCAAGGUGCACAACCAAGGCAAGACGACUUGGUGUUUGUACACCUGUGUUGUAUGCCGUGGAUCCUGUGUCGCACACUUUAACAUUUGAAUUUGUUGACGGACCUUCAGUCAAGGAUGUGUUUCUUGAAUUCGGAUCAUCUGGUGUCAACGAAGAGCGGCUUGGCAAGAUUGCAUCCCAAAUUGGUGAUGUCAUUGCAAAGUUACAUGACGGUGGUCUUGUUCAUGGUGAUUUAACAACAUCGAACAUGUUACUAAAGAAUGAUACUGAUCAGUUGGUUCUUAUUGACUUUGGUUUGAGCUUCACUUCAACUUUACCCGAAGAUAAAGCUGUCGAUUUGUAUGUCCUGGAAAGAGCCCUUGUUUCGAUGCAUUCUUCAUGUGGCAACAUUAUUGAUCGGAUUCUUGCUGCUUACCGUAAGUCAUCGAAGCAGUGGUCAUCCACAAUGAACAAGCUGGCAGACGUGCGACAAAGAGGACGAAAGAGGACCAUGGUUGGUUGA